AUGCAUUCCCAUCCUGAUAUUGAUAGUCUUAUCAAUAUUAAAUUGAAUACUUGGAAAAUUACAGAUAGAGGAUUAAGCAAAACCUUAAUUGAAGAAAUUUUGUUAUUUCUAAAUUCUUAUAAGAUUAGAACUACAGAACAAGAUGAAUUAAUCAAUCAUUACAAUUAUGUUUAUACAUAAUCUUUAAAGAAAUUUAAUCAAUUUGGAACCAUUCUAGAUAAAAUCAUACUAAUAGUAUUAUAUUUAUAUAAGACUUCAAUAGAAAGUGUUAUUAUGUUUUAAGUCUCUUGAAAUGGGGAAUCUAACUCCUGUUGAUGUUUGGUGGGUCUUAAGAAAAUUUUUAAAUAAGAUACUGAUUAUUGAAUGA